UGCAGUGUUUUUUGUGAUGCGACGAUGGCAGUGUCGACGCCGCUCGCACUCACUGCAACCCAGAUCCUUGGAGUGAAUGUGUGAGUGUGUGAAUGAGCGAGUCAUUGUCGGAGCUGCUGAUCCCGAUCCCACCUCCACUAACGUAGCUAGCUAACUCGCUGGUGGCGACCCAUGCUCAGAUCUAUUUUUAUUUAUGGGUGUAUGUAUUGUGUAGAAAUCAUCCUCCUGCAUUGCAUUGCGUUGUGAACCCACGACGGGUGCGCGAUCUGUGGUUGCAUUGUGAAUGCGGAAGGAAGGAAGGAGGUCGGCUUUGUGGGUUCUCGCCGGAGAGGGCGGAUCCAGUGAGUGAGUGAGUGAGUGAGUCGAUUCCCCACAUGCUCGGUUGUCGCUGAUUUCUGUGGUUGCCGGGGUUUUGCUGCUUUCGUCUUGCCAUCCCCACAGGCGUGGAAUCCAACCGCGCCUCCCAUUUGCAGUUUUGGGAGUAUCGACCUAAGGAUGACCGAUUUCAAAUUCAAAAACAGGUUGAGAAAAAGACUACUGUCGAUCUUUAAGGUCGUGUGGUGAGCUUGAAAUUGGUGACCUCACAAUGCGUGCAGGGAUUUCUAGUUCCAAAUUCUUAGAAAGGUUGAGCAUGGCAACACGUGGCUGAGAGACGAAUCAGUCGUGUAUUUCAGUAAUUGUGUUGUACUAGCGAGGUGUAUUCUCUUGGUUGAAGUGCAGAAGACAAGUGCUGACGGAGUUGGAUGAGUUUCAGAAAAUCGGUAGCAGUUAUGUUUUUGAUUGCGCAAAUGACAGCUAUGAAAAGGUCCUUCGUCACUGACUGGCGCAACACAGGACAGCUUCAGGCUAUUGCUGUUCUUGUCUUUCAGUUCUUCACAUAUUCUUUAGCGCUUUCGAUCAAGUUGGGAGAAUUGCAGUGUGUGAUACUGGGCUUCCGACUGUGUUGUUGAAUGUUUGGUCGGCACAAGCACGCAAUUCUUAGUCUCAGGUGUGCUGUACGUGUGCAGAGCUAGAGUGGCGUUUAUCCUUCAGCGUUUUGAUGGAGAUUGCGUAUGAACCUUUGAAGAGCAGCCAAUCGAUGCGUGGCGAGCAUUACUUUAGGUCUCAGUGCGUUUGAAAAUGCGUAGUUUGACGACAAAGGUGCUGAAAAUGGAUGGCCAGACAAAGAGAUUCGUGAGGUUUCGGGCUGACCUUGACUCAAACGAUGGAUACAAUUCCGACAGCAAUGUACCACUCAACCAGAGCAACCAAAAAUUUACAGUGAAUGCACGCGGUUCCUCGGGUGGGCGGGGGUGGGAGAAGGGUUCCCUGGGCAUUUUCCGUCUAGGCAACAGCUUGAAGUUCAAAAGCUACUUUCAAGCUUACGACGAAAGCGAUCCCAAGCCUGGAAAAAAGACAUACUUGGACCCCGCGAGCCAGUCCCUCCACCGAUGGAACACCUUCUUCGUGUUCUCCUGCUUGGUGGCCAUCUUCGUGGAUCCGCUCUUUUAUUACCUCCCUUACGUCAACAACGAGCAGAACUGCAUUGGAAUAUCAGUUGGCCUCAAAAAAUCUGUCACCGUAUUCCGGACGAUUACUGAUUUCUUGUACAUGAUCCAUAUGUUUCUUCAGUUCAAAACAGCCUACAUUGCCCCUUCUUCUCGUGUUUUUGGACGUGGUGACCUUGUCACGGAUCCUAAGAAGAUCGCCAUCCGUUACUUAAGAAAAGAUUUCUGGCUCGAUCUUUUGGCCGUGUUGCCAAUCCCGCAGUUUGUGAUAUGGGUUGUAAUUCCAAGCAUGAACAGCUCAACGCCGUCACUCGCCACGAAGAAAGCUCUUCGAUUUAUUGUAUUCCUCCAGUACCUUCCUCGCCUAUUUCGUCUCUUUCCAUUGACGUCCAAGAUCAUCAACACAACUGGGGUGUUCAUGGAAACGGCUUGGGCUGGAGCCGCUUUCAACCUCCUCCUCUACAUGCUUGCGAGCCAUGUUGUGGGCGCUUGCUGGUACAUGCUGGCGGUUGAGCAGCAGCAAAAGUGUUGGGCAGGAGUGUGUAACAGCGAACCUUCUUGUCAAAGAGUUUUUCUGGACUGCUUCUCUCUCACAAACCCUGACCGUAACACAUGGUCUCAAAGCACUACUCUAGCUUCAAACUGUACCAGUGCUCAGUUUAAUUAUGGAAUUUACUCUAAUGCGAUUGAUAACGAUAUCACUUCCACAAAAUUCAUUACGAGAUACUUUUACAGUUUGUGGCUUGGCUUGCUAGCUUUGAGUUCGUUGACGCAAACCCUGCAAGUGAGCACGUACGUGUGGGAAAUCAUUUUCGACAUCCUCAUCAUCAUUGCAGGCUUGCUACUCUUCGCCAUCCUGAUCGGUAACAUGCAAACGUACCUUCAAUCUCUCACGUUGAGGUUAGAGGAGAUGAGAGUGAAGCGUCGUGAUUCAGAGCAGUGGAUGCGCCACCGCAACUUGCCCCAGGAUAUUGUGCAGCGAGUCCGACGUUAUGACCAAUACAAGUGGGUGGCAACGCGAGGCGUUAAUGAGGAGGUGCUCGUUCAAAGCUUGCCAUCAGAUCUUCGCAGGGACAUCAAACGCCAUCUCUGUCUGAACCUUGUCCGCAAUGUGCCAUUUUUCGACCAAAUGGACGAGAGCUUGCUGGACGCCAUGUGUGAGCGGCUCAAGACUGCCCUCUGCACCGAGAGCACCAUCAUCCUCCGCGAGGGCGAUCCCGUCAAUGAAAUGCUCUUCAUCAUCCGCGGCACCCUCGAGAGCAUGACUACGAAUGGAGGGCGCUCCGGCUUCAUCAACUACGGCGUCCUAAAAGCUGGUGCCUUCUGCGGCGAGGAGCUUCUCACAUGGGCGUUAGAUCCUAAGCCACAGAACCAUCUGCCCAUCUCCACCCAUACCGUGAAGGCCAUAACGGAAGUUGAAGCCUUUUCUCUCUCCUCAGAAGACCUCAAGUUCGUUGCCAGUCAGUUCCGACGUCUUCACAGCAAGGAGCUACAACACACGUUUCGAUACUAUUCCCAUCACUGGCGAACCUGGGCGUCGUCUUACAUUCAAGCGGCUUGGCGAAGGUACCAGCGACGAAAAUUGGCGGAGCUUCGUCAUAGUCCUGGGGAGCAGUUCUUAGACGAAGCAUUGCGAGACGAACCUGGACGGAAUCAAGACGGGCACAGCUUGGGCGCAACCAUUUUGGCCGGAAAGUUUGCUAAGAAUGCAAUGCGGGGAGUGCAGCGGCUGCGCAGCAUGCAAGCAGCCGAGCUUGCGAGAAUCUCCAACAUUCCUAAACCAGCUGAGCCAGACUUCUCUCUUGAAUCAUAGUUUCUCUCUUAUAUUAUUUUUACUUGGUGAUUGCACAGCCCCUUAGUGUGCCUCCACUGCACCGAGCUUGCGAUUGAUCGAGAGCGCCAGUCAAGGUGAUCCCAGCAGUGCAUUCCUUACUGUUUCCCAAGGAUUCAUGUGGCCACCUUUCCCGUUUUAUGCGCUCCUGUAAAUCGAUCUCAGCGAUUGGAUUACGCCUGUUUGAAGCUGAAUCCUAUGCGACCCAUGAUUUGAAGGGUUACUAUCAAUCCAUGUGCAUCUUAUUCACAAUCGAUGAUAGACUGCCAAGACUACUAAAAAAAAGUGGUGACAUGUAAAGAAUUGUAUUACAUAUAUUCAACAUAGGAUUGAGGAACAGAAGUAUCCCUGUAGAAUGAAGGGUCCUGGAGUUUAUUUGGUCUAUUUCCGAGGGCACACGAAUUUGCAUGAGAUCGUCGACGAGGAUGAGGACAUUGCUGAGAGGGAUGGCUGCAGCGGUUGGAUGAACGUACGAGCUAAAUUGAUAGAUUUUUAGUUUUAUCAGCCUAAGUGAGUGGAUCCCUGUGGUGACUUGCCGAGGUGCACCUGCAGUGGUGAUGUAGAAUUGCUGUGCGAGUGAAGAGGAAACACGUGCUGUAUCUUGUCCUUGCAGUAGGAAAGGGUGACCAUAUCAACGUUGGAUAUAACCUUGCUGGUCUUAAAGUCCGAUGCAGCCAAUUAUUCUUCUCAGCCCAAUGAAAUAAAUGUGAACCUGCCAAGUUUCUUUGAUUAGGCGA